UUGUAUUUUUAUGAAUCUGGCAAGUUAUUCUUACUUUUCUGGCAUGUGCAACAUGACCGCAGAGACGCAGCACUCGCCCGCAGAGGCCAGCCCUGUCGUCAUGUCUCCAAACGUCAGCCUGGACUCCCCGCUGCCUCCGCCGCCUCUCAUGCUGCAGGCCCGCUCAAAGGACAACAUCCUGAUCAAGUCUGAGCCCAGAGGGAGCAGCCCCAACAAUGAGGAUGGAGCCGCUUUGGGGCAGACCGAGGAGCACCUGCCCACUGGUGGGAGCAGGCGAAGGAAGAGGCCUGUGCAGAGGGGCAAACCUCCAUACAGCUACAUUGCCCUCAUUGCUAUGGCCAUCGCUAACUCCCCCGAGAGGAAGCUCACCCUGGGGGGUAUUUAUAAGUUCAUCAUGGAGCGUUUCCCUUUCUACAGGGAAAACUCAAAGAAAUGGCAAAACUCCAUACGCCACAACCUCACACUCAACGACUGCUUUGUGAAGAUCCCACGCGAGCCCGGUAGACCUGGGAAAGGGAACUACUGGACGUUAGACCCUGCAGCUGAGGAUAUGUUUGAUAACGGGAGCUUUCUGAGGAGGAGGAAGAGGUUCAAGCGCACAGAUGUGAGCACCUACCCAGGGUAUAUGCAGAGCUCCAGCGCCUUCACACCGACCCCAAUGGGCCGACCCACGUACCCAAACACCCUGUACGCAGGUAUAGGGUCUGGCUAUGGGUCCCAACUGACUGCUACAUCCCCACAUCCCGCCAUGCUGCAUCACUACCAGACAUCCGGACAAGCCCAGCCACGUAUGUUCAGCAUCGACAACAUCAUCAGCCAGCAGACAGUGGUGCAGGGCGGGGAUCUCAACUCCCAAACACUGGGGCUGCACGGCGGACCUGACCUCAGCACCAUGACCUCCAGCUGCUCCGUCACCGGCCCCGACCCCUCUGCGUGCUUCCAGACCCAGACUGUCAACCCCUCAGCCAACAUGCUGGGCAGAAACACAGGGAACCUCUCCUCAAACCUAGGGGGCGCGUACGCAUACUCCACUUCGGCGUCCCCUCCAACUUUACCCGCCAUGACCCAGUCCGGGUUCUCCCCCGGGAGCUCUCAGGUGUACUGCUCCGGGAACAGGCUGCCCCUACCGGCUCUGCGCCCGGGGUCGUGCGCUGAUCACACCGAGCAGCUGCUGGGCCUCUCGGGACCCAUGAACUCCUACAACAACAGUUACAUGAGACAGGCCAACUUUGCGUCAGGGUUAGAGCGCUAUAUGUGAGGCGUUUUAAUAUCCUGAUAAAUUGUAUCUGCUAAAUAUUUUCACAUGAAUAUUACCUCUAAGAGUAGAACUGCCAGUCUGUCAGUGAAGUCCCCUCUUAGAGUGUUUUCGGAACAGGCCUAUUACCUAUACUGCAAUGUUACCAAAGACUCAUAUCACGCAUUAUCCCAAAUCCCUUUAAUAAUUUUGAUGAGUUAUUCGAAAUAAGAAUUGUACCGAGCCUUAUAAUAAAACAUUCCUACUCUUAAAAGCCAUUUAGAUCCGUUUGACACAUUCCAUGACUGUUUUCAGUGUUUUAUUGUGCCUCAUUUCGUUCAUAUAUGUUCUAUGUUUUAGGUUUAUUUUUUAACACGUUGAUAUUUGUGUGUUGUAUCUGCUGAUUUUCAUGUAAAUAGUUUGUUGAUGUAAAAACUUUAUUAAAAGUGUGUUAUUACUGCUGACGACAGGUCGUUUGA